CGCAGCAUUAUCUAUGAAUAAACACAUAAAGGGUCUUAUCAGUAAUAUGUCACUUGUCUAAUUUUCGACGGACAGGGGUUCCUGUAUCUAUUUGGUGGUUUAUUAUCAGUUUUGCGAGGGAGUGCAUGAAGCGAAUGGAUAACCAGAGACGAAAGGUCCAAACCAGCACAACCAUUGGACAUGCGUAUCUGCAACCGUCUUCGUUUUAUUUUAAAACUUGUAAGAAUGCCCCUCUUCCUCCAGUCGUCCACUGUCAGAACAGAGUGCUGGCCUCUGCUCACUUCUCUCUCACCUCACACACUGAGCAUGACAGAAAGCCACUGAAUGGUCCUCUGUACAAUGAAAUCCACUCUAAAGCCCCUGCGCACUGGACCACACACUUCCUCAAUGAGCUGGCCCAGAGGCUCAGAGACCGGCCAACAGUGAGAGUGGUCUCAAAUCCCAUCAGUGAAAUGCAGGACCGCUACAGAGGUCAAUCAGCAGCACGUGAACCUCCGUCUGAACACUUUAGCAUGAUGCAGGCACUGUACAGACAGCUGGAAACGGCUCAAAUGGCGUUUGAGCAGGAACCAGUCUUAAGCACUACCAAGACUGACUUCAAGCACUUUAACAGGUCAAAUUUGUCUCCUCGCUCUGUCCUGGAUGCAGCUACCUUUAAUGGAACCCUUACCAAGAGCGGAGCUCACAGCCGACUUCCUGCUCACAAAGCUCCAUCCACUUUAUCAUGUCAACCCCGGCUGCCUCGUCCACCUCUUCCUGUGCCCCACAGGGGUAAAAGUAGUCUGUAUAUGGACAGUUUUACUGUACCUGUGCUUCCCCCAACAUCGCAAGCCGCUGAUGUUGCACAAAGUGGGGUGAAAUGGCAAGAUGAGGGUGGUAAAGGUGUGUUACUGGACAUUUUAGGUGUUCCUAAAAUGUAUAGUACUGAGAAUCAGACGUAUGGAAGAAGUAAAAUGUCUAUGGUAUGA